AUGGCAGACUCUUUUCUCUUCAGCAUCACAGAAAGUGUUCUGGAGAAGUUGGGCUCUCUUGCUCUUCAAGAAAUUUUCCUCGCAUGGGAACUCGAAAGUGAACUUGAAAAAAUUAUGAAGAUCUUGGGUGCCAUCCAACCCGUGCUUUUCGAUGCCGAACAGAAGCGGUCACACAAUAAAGGGAUAGAGGUUUGGCUGGGGAUGCUCAGAGAUGUCCUUUAUGAUGCAGAAGAUAUAGUGAAUGAGUUUGAAUGUGAAGCCUUGCGAAGGAAAGUGUCAAGUCUGGGAACACCACCAGAAAGCUUUAGAAUGGGACAUAAACUAAAGCAGAUUAGAGAGAGGGUUGAUGAAAUCGCAGCUCUUAAGUCUAAGUUUGGCCUCACAGAGCGGAUUUUUGAUAGGCAUGUCAUUAAUAGGGAGAGGGAGAUGACCCACUCCUUUAUAGAUGCUUCUAAUGUCAUUGGUAGGGAACAAGCUAGAGAUAACGUCAUUGGAACAUUGUUGCAAUCUGUUGAUGGUGAAAAUGUCUCCAUUAUUGCAAUCGUUGGAAUAGGAGGUGUUGGGAAGACUACACUUGCUAAAUUGAUUUAUAAUGAUCAAAGGAUAGCUACUUAUUUUGAGUUGAAGUUAUGGGUUUGUGUUUCAAAUGUUUUUGAAUUCGAUAAGGUGAUUAUUAAAAUUCUUGACUCUGCAUCUCCUGGUCAAAGAUAUAUGGAUAUGGGUAUAGACCAAUUACAAAGAACCUUGCGAGAGGCUUUGAAUGGAAGGAAAUAUUUACUCAUCCUAGAUGAUGUGUGGAGCGAGGACCCUAGAAAACGGGGUGAACUGAAAACUUUGUUAAUGGGAGGUGCUGAUGGAAGUAAAAUUGUAGUCACCACUCGUAGCCAGCGUGUUGCUGAAAUUAUGGGCACAGUCUCUGCUCAAAAUUUGAGUCUUCUUUCAUACCAGGAUUGUUUGUCUUUGUUUUUUAAAUGUGCAUUUAAAGGACAACAAGAAAAACAAAAUCCAAACUUGGAAAGAAUUGGGGAAGAGAUUGUGACAAAAUGCAAAGGAGUUCCUUUGCACUUGCCUACAACGAAAAUGGCACUCUUCCCUCCCACCCACCAUGGCAACAUAUCAACCUUUAACCAUAGCCUUCCCACUGCAUAUUUUGAAAAUUUUCCUCCAGAGUUGAAUGCUGAAACCUUGUGGAAAUCCUUCUCCAAGUUUGGAGAUAUUAUCGAGAUUUUUGUGCCACAGAAGCUGAGUUGGAUCAGUAGGCGAUUUGGGUUCGCUCGUGUUCGUACAAUGGCAUAUCUUCAAACUCUUCUGGCUGACCUUAACAAGAUUUGGUUCAGUAGUUAUAAGCUUUGA